GGCGAAAUUACUAAUUAUUCAAACUGAAAAGAAUGAAACCCUAAAAGACAAAUCUCUGUGCUGCCUCUUCUACUUCUCCAUCUCUAUCGUCUCUCUGGCGACCUCUUCCCCAUCGCCUUCUCUUUCGAUCUGCUCUCCAUCACCAUCGCCGUCUCUCUAGAUCUGCCCCUUUCUCUCUUCGUCUUCUCUUCGCCGGAGCUCCGCUUUUAGCUAGAUUUUCCGUCAUUUUUAGCCCCUCCGCCGACGUUACAGAGGCUAAGACAAAGAGUUUGAGAAGAGCAAAAAUGGCAUCGAACGCAGCAGUGCCUUUCUGGAGAUCGGCGGGUAUGACUUACAUAACAUACUCCAACAUAUGCGCUAAUCUCGUCAGGAAUUGCCUCAAAGAGCCUUUCAAGGCCGAAACCCUUCAACGCGAGAAGGUUCAUUUUGCCGUCUCCAAAUGGUCCAACGGCAUUCCGGAAAAGCCCACUAUCCGUUCAGAUUCUGGGGAAGAAUGAGUGAGGUUGAGUUUAUAAUCCUCGGAAUAUGAUCUAUCUGAUUCAAGUUUUUUUUUCAGUCUUUGGAGAAGCAGUAGUAUUGAAUCUGCCCUGCAUAAACCUUUCACAUAUUAAUAAUGUCAUUACUCUAUUGACCAUGAAUUUAUGAAUAAUACUUGUGUUUUACAAGUUUGUGGAUCUGAUAUUCAAGUGUACUGGAACUUGUUAUAAUAUUUUACGUACAUUUGUUUUUUUUUCUUCCAA